CCUGCUCAAGAUGUCAUCAGAUACAAGAACGUUGCGUUCAAUUCCGGCUGGGGAGGUCAAAAGUCAAUCUACAUGGGUCCGCCAUCGGAAGAGAACAAUAAAGCGUGGGAUGAUAUCCAUGUUGCGCCGGCGAUGGUCAAGAUACCUGCCAGUGAGGCGGCGAAAUUGGUUAAUAAGACUGUCCCAAUUCCUGAUGAUUCGGGGUACAGUUCCGGGUACUAUCUGAUUGGACUCGAUGUGUUUCAUCAGUUGCACUGUUUGGAUAUGCUCCGCAAAGUACUCUGGGGUGUUGAUAUGCAUGACCCCAAUGACGAGGAGGCUAUGCAUCACCUUGAUCACUGUAUCGAGAUGAUACGUCAGAGUCUGAUGUGUUCCGCCGAUAUCACCGUCGACGUGUGGGCGUGGAAUAAAGAAAAACAGAUGGUCACAGUGAGGGCGGAUAAUAUGCACACUUGUCGGGACUUUGAGGCUAUUCGGCAGUGGGCGCUCGAGAGACCGGCAGGAGAAUUUGAUCGGACCCUACACCUGGUGGUGGUGGAUCCUUGA